AUGUUCGUCGCAACAAAACUCCUCAAAAUCGGCUACAACCAAGCCAAGAAGCACAAAGCCAACAAGCAACAAGCUCAAUUCCAACAACCCCACCCAAACUACACCUACCCAAACCCCUACCCAAUGUCUGAGUACCCACCAGGCGUAGCCCCAGGCACAAACACUCAAUACAUCUCGCCCGAGCCCCCCGCCGAGCCCAUCAGCAAAGGCGCAAAGCUCCUCUCGAUGAUAAUCUCCAUCCUGCGCUUCCUGCAGUUCGUCUUCGGUCUCACGGUAAUCGGCCUCUACGGCCGAGAUGUGCACCACGACCACAAGGAAGACGACACGUACCAUCCCAAAUGGGUAUUUGCCCUAGUCGUCGGGUUCCUGGCAACCAGUACUGCGGGAUUCCAUAUGGUUCUGCCGUUCCUGAUGAAGCGGGUGAAUAUGUCCCGGACUCCUAAUCCGAAGUUGUACCUGCCGCAGUUUGUGUGGGAGGCUGCUCUUUGCAUUAUCUGGUUGGUGGUUUUUGGUAUCUUUGGCGAGAUGUAUAUUGGGGUCUAUGCCAGUACAUCGUCAUCGACAUCCACUACCACCACAAGCAGCAGUAAGAGGAGUACCAGCUCUACUGCAGCCUGGGAUGCGGCGAAGAUUACUCGUAUGCGCCAUGCUGUGUGGAUUGAUCUGGUGAACUUGUUGAUGUGGGUGUUUACUGCUUCUUGGGUGUUGGUUCGUUGGCUUAAGAGUCGGCGGGCUGCUAUGGCUGCUGCUGCUGCUCUUGAUGCUGAGAAGGCCAAUCAGAUCUAA